AUGAGUAUAGAUCAUAUAAUUAAAGCAAAAGAUAUACUAUAUAAAGACAUUAUUAAAGAGUUAUCUGAUCAAUCAUCAAAAAAGUUUGAUAAUAACACAAAGACUUUAGAACAAUUAGAUUAUUGGAAAGAUAAUGAAUUACAAGAUAUCGUAAAAACAAGAUACAAUCCCAAAGAUCAAACUACUUAUUUGACCAAAAAUGAAGUUGUAAAUUUAAUGGACUGGAAGUUGAGUAAAGGAAAAUUUAGACCACAAUUGCCCAAAUUAAUAAGAUCAAACUCGGAGAAAGAUGUGGAACAGUUCACAAAGGAUGGGUUCAGAAUAUUUUUACAAUAUAGCCAAUCACUCCCCAAAGACUUUACAUGGAUUAAAGCGUCAAUUGAAGAUCGAGAAGAAUAUUCAAAAGUUCUAAAAUCAUCAAUGAAAGAGUUGUGUAAAUUAAAGGGUGUUGGACCAGCAACUGCAAGUCUACUAUUAACUUGUUUGUUUAAAAUUAAUGAAAAAAUAACACCACCAUUCUUCAGUGAUGAAGCGUUCAUGUAUUAUGUGAUUGAUCCAUCAAGACCUAACACAAGUAUCAAAUAUAAUGUUAAAGAAUAUUUGGAGGAAUAUAUUCCUAUUUUAUUGAAAAUAUUAAGGGAGGCAGAGACACCAGUAAAAUUUAUUGAUCUUGAAAAAGGUGGGUGGGCUUUAAAAUAUUACAGCUUACAUGACGAUGAUAUUUUAAUUAGUAUAACAAAUCCAUUUGGUGAAGAUGAGAAAGAUUGGGAUAAAUUGAAAGUGAAAUUUGAAGAUGAAGAAAAGGAAAUAACGAAAGAUACGAAACCUUUGAAAAAGAAAAGAAAGACAAAAUAA